AUAGUUACAUUUUUGCAUGCAUCUGUUUUUAAUCUGCUGUAGUUGCCCCCAGAGGAGUCCACGAGCGGAUGUAGUUUUGAAACAGUGUUGGCUCUCAGUGAUUGGACAACGCACAGAAAAGGCCACUCUGAUUGGCUGUCUGGAUAUACAGUGAGCCGGUGACCUCUGAUCCCCCCCCACCCCCACAGCCAACCACAACUACGGCGAGGCGAGAAUGGAGCCCGUGUAUGCGUCCGGGAUGGCCGCCAGGCUGCGGAGCCAGUGGGACCGGAACGAGGGUCUGGGCCAGAACCACAAAGCAGUCAAGUAUCUGGGGCAGGACUACGACUACCUGAAGGCCCAGUGCCUCCAGAGCCGGACCCUGUUCGAGGACAACCUGUUUCCUUGUGCCACCUCCUCUCUGGGUUUCAAUGAGCUGGGACCGCGCUCCUCCAAGACCCAAGGAGUACGCUGGAUGAGGCCCACGGAGAUCUGUUCCCGUCCCCAGUUCAUAGUGGACGGAGCCACUCGUACAGACAUCUGCCAGGGAGCUCUAGGUGAUUGCUGGCUACUGGCGGCCAUAGCAUCAUUGACUCUGAAUGACAACCUUCUCUACAGAGUGGUGCCUCAGGGACAAGACUUUGGAGGACAGUAUGCUGGAAUCUUCCACUUCCAGUUCUGGCAGUUCGGAGAGUGGGUGGACGUGGUGAUUGACGACAGGCUGCCGACAAAGGAUAAAAAGCUGCUGUUCGUCCACUCGGCAGAGGGAGGAGAGUUCUGGAGCGCCCUGCUGGAGAAGGCCUACGCCAAGCUGAAUGGCUGUUAUGAGGCUCUGUCGGGAGGCAGCACAUCGGAGGGCUUUGAGGACUUCACCGGAGGGGUGACGGAGGCGUACGACCUGAAGAAGGCGCCCUCUGACCUCCACUGCAUCAUGGGCCGGGCCGUGGAGAGAGGAUCCCUGCUGGGCUGCUCAAUAGACAUCACUGGGAAUAAUGACAGGGAGGCGGUAACCUUUAAGAAGCUGGUCAAAGGGCACGCCUAUUCUGUCACCGGUGUCGACGAGGUGUCAUACAGGGGGAGGAUGACUAAACUGGUCCGCAUCCGCAACCCAUGGGGAGAGGUGGAGUGGACGGGAGCCUGGAGCGACAACGGCCGAGAGUGGGAGGGUGUAGAGCCUUCGGUCAGGAGUCGCCUCCAGAAGUGCGGCGAGGAUGGAGAGUUCUGGAUGUCCUUCAGUGACUUCCUCCUUGAGUACUCACGUCUGGAAAUCUGCAACCUGACGGCCGACGCCCUGGAGGCCACUCAGCAGAAGAAGUGGAGCUCCGCCGUCUACCAGGGAGAGUGGAGGAGCGGCAGCACAGCCGGGGGUUGCCGGAACUUUCCUGCCACCUUCUGGAUCAACCCACAAUUCAAGGUGGCUCUGCAGCAUCCCGACUCGGCUGGAACCUCAGACUGCACCUUCCUGGUGGCGCUGAUGCAGAAGGACCGGCGAAAAAAACGCAAGGAGGGCCAGGACAUGGAGACUAUCGGAUUCGCCAUCUACGAGGUUCCUAAAGAGUUUGUGGGUACAACAGGUGUCCACCUGAAGAGAGAUUUCUUCCUGACUCACGGUUCCACAGCCCGCUCUGAGCUCUUCAUCAACCUGAGAGAGGUGAGCUCCCGCUUCAAGCUGCCCCCGGGCGAGUACAUCAUCGUCCCCUCCACCUUCGAGCCCCAGAAGGAGGGAGACUUUGUGCUCAGGGUCUUCUCUGAGAAACCAGCCAACUCUGAGGAGCUGGAUGACGAGGUCUCAGCGAAACUUCCUGCAGAGACCCAGCUGGACGAGAGCCAGAUCGACGCCGGCUUCAAGAGUCUGUUCAGACAACUGGCUGGAGCGGACAUGGAGAUCAGUGCCACAGAGCUGCAGACCAUCCUAAACAGAAUCAUGAAUAAGCACAAAGAUCUGAAGACGGAUGGAUUUGGACCCGAGUCCUGUCGCACUAUGAUCAGCCUAAUGGAUACUGAUGGUAGUGGGAAGCUGGGCCUGACUGAGUUCCAUGUGUUGUGGGAGAAGAUCAAACGUUACCUGACUAUAUUUCGUCAGUUUGACAUAGACAAGUCAGGAACCAUGAGUUCCUAUGAGAUGAGGAUGGCGCUGGAAGCAGCAGGGUUCAAGCUGACCAAUCACCUGUUCCAGCUAAUUAUUCUGCGCUACACUGAGGCUGACCUAUCGGUUGACUUUGACAACUUUGUUAACUGCCUGAUCAGGCUGGAGACCAUGUUCAAGACCUUCAAGGCGUUCGACACAGACUCUGAUGGAAUCAUACAACUCAACUUCUUCCAGUGGAUCUCCUUGACCAUGUUUGCCUAGAGACGAUGAACCCGCUGAUGUUACUGCACCAGGCGGCACUAAUGGCAUUUCAGAAGUGCCUUUCCCUGGCCAUUCCUCUUCGUAAGGCAGGGGUCCAUGAUUUUAAAAACUGUGGUAAUGUUAACAUUUAGUUUGGGGAUCAUCGUGUGCCAAAGCAUUAUCUGCUACUUGUCUUGGAAACAGGAGACAACUCCACUCACGGGGCCAUUGCAUACUGUAGAUGUCACCGCUGAGGGAUUUUGAUACUGCCACAUGUUGGAUAGGGGGCCCUGCCUAAACUGUUUGUUUACAUUUUAAACCAAGUUUCACUAUUGCCUCGUCGUAUUUUCAAUAUGGCGCCUUUCUCUUAGAAGCCAUUUUGGUAAGUGUGCAAUGUGGGUGGUCUUUAGUCUGAGCUUGUGUUACUUUGUUUUAAAGGAUAAGUGGAUUUUAUUUUCAGGAAAAGGCAAUACUUUUCAGUGGAUGAAAUAUGCAAAUAUAAUGCUGCAUACUUUAGCUUGACAUCCUCAUUUUUAAUGGAUGCCACACAGACUUCAAGGAUAUCCCACCUGCAUUUUAUCUGUACUUUUUUUAGUGGGGAAUUUCUUUAUAUUUUGAUAUUCGGGGUACGGGUUACACAGGGUUUGACUGGAGUAGCAAUCCUGAGUCUGAUCACAUACAUGUC